AUGCAACAGCUAGCUGCUACGUCACCGAUUCGUCGUCGUAGUCAUGAUUGUUGCGGAAACCUAACGACGGACACUUUUGAACUGAAGUUCAUGCAGAAUAAUCAAUGUCACAAGUUGGCUACGUUGUUCCCGUCGAUCCAGUGUUGUUUGGCACUGAUGUUCGCAGCUGAGCGAUAUGCUGACGCGAAAUUGAGAGCAGACACGGAGAACAUCAUUGGAAGCACAUUUCAUCUACAAAUGAAUCUGCUUCGAUCCUACAUAACGAUGUUGGAGCGAGUAGUAAGCGACUGCGGUGUGUCACAGCGACAGUCUGCAAUGGUUGCACCAGGCGAGGCCGAGCUGCUGGCGCAAGGCGCCUGUGGCGCGAGAUCGUCAUCAGAGCCGGCCACACCGCAUAAUGAUUCUGGGUUUUGUUCUGGAGUGAGCUCACCGGAAUCGUGCGGUAAAAAGGAUCUCGAAUGCUCGCCGCCGAAAAUGGCUAGAAUGGCCUGA